AAAAUUUCCUCCCAACUAACGAAGCCUUAGUUCAACAAUGUCUGUCUCCAUACUCCAAGCUUGGGCCGAGAAUAAAGCAAAUGAAUUGAUCAAGAAGUAUGACAAAAACGGUGAUGGUGUUCUCACUAAAGAAGAGCUACAAGUCUUUCUUCGUGAUGUUCGAGGAUCAACUCAACUCAACAAUCAAGGGUUUUUAUCUAAGAUUCCAAGAACAAACGACAAGGGUGCACACAAGCUUAACUCAAAUCCUCGUACAAACCCAAAAAUACAAGUACAAAGCAAAGCUACAAAAUCCUCGACAAAAGUUCUUAGUGAAAAGGUAUCUAACGUGCCACUUAGUAGAGAGCAGAUAAAGAAGAUUUUCAAAUAUUAUGACAGCGACAAAGAUGGUUUUCUCAACAUAAGAGAGGUAACGAAAGCAUUUAGCUUUCUAGGCUCAAUUAAUCCAUUCUACAAGGCGCAGUACGCUAUGACUUUUGCUGAUGCUAAUAAUGAUGGUCUUAUUAGUGAAGCUGAGCUUGAAAAACUCAUAGAUUAUGCCUAUAAAAUUAUCAAGAAGAAAUGA